AUGGCUCUUCGUGUCUCUGGGCCAAUUGCCUCUUCAGCUUCUUUACAUGGUGUUUCGUCAACCAGGGUUACUCUUGCUUUCCCAUCUUGUAGUUUAUCCUUGAAACCCAUUGGUCUAGUCUCAAAAUCUUUCAAUGGAAUUUGCCAAAGCACCCCCACUAUUGCAAUGGGAAAGGGUUUGUUGAUUGUUAAGGCGUCGUCUGACGGUAAGGGGACGGGUCCAGAUAGUGGGCAACCUGUGUCUGGAAGUGACGAUGAAGAGGAGGAUGUGCUUCUUGACAAACUUCCUUUGGAUUCAAAGCUGCAGUUGAAACUUGAGCACAAGAUGAGGAUGAAGUUGGGGAAGAAGAUAAGGCUUAGGAGGAAGAAGCUUGAUCGGAAGCGAAGGAUGAGGAAGAGGGGACAGUGGCCACCUUCAAAAGUAAAUAAGUUGAAGAAUGUCUAA